AUGUCCAGCGCUGUUGCGAAGGCCGUGCUAUUGCUUUGGGCCAUGGCUAGCAGCGAGACCUGUCCCAAGCCUGGUCAUUUCCAAGCUUGCCAAACGGACGUGGAGCUUGGUCAAGGAGUCGCUUCGAAGCUGCCUCCGCGGCCUGCAGCGAGCUGCUCUGCACAUGGUCUCUGUGCGGAGGCUGGCCUGACGUCCGGAGACUGUUGUCCAACUGCAGGGGAUGGCAUCUAUCUGAAGUGCUGCGAUGCUCAAGCUGGCUCCCGGAGGCUUUCGCCCCUGCAUAUGGGCAAAAAAGGUGUGACGAUCGAUGACACCACGCUUCAGUGGUGUGCCGGUCGCAUUCCUCAGAUCUGGCCCAAUCUCCAGGACACUCCGGUGGGGUCAUUGAGGAUAUUCCAAACGUGGUCGACGCAGUGGCACAGCGAAGGCCGACGCGCUGCUUGGACAGAUCUUGUCGAUUAUGCGCCGCUUGGGAGUAUCAAAAUCCUGGUUGGCACGCCGGUGACCUGCAUCGAAGCGGACGACGACACCGCUUGGAGUUGGACCAAGGAGUUGGUGAGCAUGCUUGGCACAGAGCAUGUGAUGGGACUUGCCGUCGGGAAUGAGCUCGAGCUUCUGUAUCAAAACGCUGAUUCAGAAUGCAUCCAACAGCUAUGGUCCGGUGGCCGGCUGUGGAAAACGUUCCAGUCGCGUGUAACAGAGUUCGACAACAUGGGUUUCUCGAGCGUGCCAGUGACAUCGGUCUUCACUGCCAGCGUGCUGACGGGCAGUGCUGUCGUACCGUUCACAGAGAAGCCUUCGGAAGCAUUGGUGAACACCUUUCUCAGAAAUGCUGUCCGGAAGUACGGCAAGCGCUACGCCUUCACCUUCAAUGUUUACCCCUAUUUCGAUCCGAACAUCCACCUGAAUCCUGGCACGGUGGACAAAUGUAAUCUGGACCUGCCUCGGGUCAUCUGCUGGGACAAGCCGACUUGCCUGGGUCCGAACAUCAUGGCUUCAGCCCGCAAGCAGAUGCACUACCUCACCAAUCGCUGGGACGACUUGUUUUGGAUUGGUGAAAUCGGCUGGUCUUCACCCAAGUCGAGCAACCUAGGCACAAAAAUGGCUGACUGCCCGCAGUUUUCGUCCCUGAACACCUUCCAGACGUUCUAUAACGGCUUCCUCGAGUGGGACCUAACACUGCCCGGCGGUGUCCCUGCGCCAGACCACAUCUUUUACUUCACGCUGCGCGAUUCGCUGAACUUUGGGAAGCAGGAGCACUUUGGUCUGCUGACCUCGUGCUACUCGCUCGGCUGCAAGAUUGCCACUCCCAGCUUCCGGCCGCAGUCCUGCGCGCUGCCGGAACUGAAGAAGCCACCUUCCUGGCAGGUGUGGGGUUUUGCGAUACUGGGUGUAUUGCUUGCGUUUUGUGUGGGCAUCACAUGCCUCUACGUUCGCUCGCCGACCGUGAAGCGGUUCAUCCACGGGGAUCCAAAGGAAAGCUCGAGGCGGCGGCUGCAGGCGCCGCCCAUCGCGGCUGAGGAAAGCGACGGGGCGACUCCUCUUCAGAGUGAGACACGGGUAGACUUUUGGGCGAUCUGUUGUCCUGCCAAGCGGGCUGCUGGUGACUCCGUGACAGGACUUGUGGCUUUUGCCAUUGUGGCAUGGUCUUCCAUUCAGGCAUUUGCUGAGGAGCACAAGGUGGUCAGUCUGAGCGAGGAGACCUUUGCAAAGACGAUCCAACGAGGGCAGCGUGCAUUGGUUGCCUUCGUCACGCCCUGGUGCUUGGCCUGCCGGCUGUUGAUGGCUGAGCUUGAGAAGUUGCACGAGGCUUUGCAGCCUCAGGUUUUGGUGGCGCAGUGCGAUGUCUCAAAGGAGACUGGGCUUGCAAACCUCUACAGCGCUUGGCGAACACCGCUCGUGGUCCUCUUUCCGGACACGGAGGUUCUGCUGCCUGGUCUGCAGGUGAUCUACGCUGGUCAGAUGCACUACUCGUCACUGCUGAGCUUCGCGAAUGCAGGGCCGUGGCCACCGCAGCUACGAUCACCUCUAGACCUCGAGGAGGUGGUCCGGGAGAGUGGUCGUGCAGGAACUUUCGUCGGGUUCUUCCGCUCACCGGAAGCUGCUGGCCACUUGCAGGACUUGUGGCCUCUGGACUGCCUGCGGCGCCACAAUCGUGCCUUCACUUUUGCGAGGUGGGCGAAUGAGACGGACCGAAAUCAAUCGAGAGGAGAAGAGGAGCUUUGGCGCUGGGCGGGACUGGGUGCCCGCAAGGCGCUACGAAUCAAGGAAGUUCAGGAGGGACAGCUGCUCAAGCAGGAGAUCGAAUUGGACUCGAACACCGGGUCUGCAGACCUGUCGCCUGUGGAAGCUGUCGUAUAUGUCCGAGCAGACGAGGAUGCGUGCCAGUUUGCACCCUCCGACAAAUAUGUCAUGUACCAGGAAGGCGGCUCUUCUUCGUCUUCAGCGAGGAUUUCACCCUCAAGCUGGAGGGAACGAGUAGAUGCUUUCUGCGCUUGGUGCGAGCGCCAAGUGCUGGGCCCUGUCGCCGUGUUCGAUGCGCCGCGCGCCGCGGCGCUGGAUGGAACUUUUGAUUGGCUCCUACUCCUCUUCGCACCGAAGGAUGUCACCGAGGACCAGGAGGGCGAGGCCCAGGGCCCCAGCGUGACUUGUGGCGGAAUGCGCAAUGCUCACGGAUUCUUCGCACUGGCUAAGAUCGGAGAUGCUCUGACUGCAAGCAAGGGCUUACACUUGUCCAGCCAGAAGCGGACUCAAGUGAAAGAGAAUGAUCGACUGCUGCAAGUGCCGUCUAGCCCAGUUGUCGAGCUUAGGACCAGGGCUGCUUUCUUCGUCGCUGACAUUAUGAAGAGUCGUCCGAGCAGCAUGAUUUCUGAACUGAGAAGCUCCGUCAACGUGCAUCGCGAAACUCUCCUCUCCGACAGCCAUCUCCAGAAUUCGCUGUCGCUGCAUGUCGGAAAGAAGCCGCCCCAGCACAAUUCCGGGACUGGUUGUCCGGGGCAACUUUGGGCAGGCUUCCUGGUCUGUGAAUGUGGAAAGUUGAUGCUGCACUGUCAGCACCGUGCUCAUGGGUAUCCUGCUGCCAUCAGCGACUGCCGCCGCGGGGCGCAAUGGCAGCAGGUGCUCCAUCUCCUGCAGGAGGCUGAAAACAUCUCCGCCAAGCUCACCGUCUUCUCCUACUCCGCCGCCAUGAGUGUGUGCGAGAGGGCGGGCCAGUGGCGGAAAGGUUUGCAGAUCCUUCAGCAAAUGAAAGCUGCGACGACUCAAGCAGAUGUAGUCGUGUACAACGCCGCCAUAAGCACCUGUGGACAUGCUGGGCAGUGGGAGCGGUCAACGGCUCUUUUCAAGGAGCUUCAGGAUGAGGCCCUGCAGUGUAAUGUCAUCAGUUGCAACUCAGUGAUCAGCGCCUGUGAAAGGGCUGGCAAUUGGACGGCGGCUUUGGGGUGUUUUGAAGACUUGAUUCUGUCUCGGCGCCUGCAAGCAGAUGCCAUCUCUUACAAUUCGAUGAUCACAGCUCUUGCCGCUGCCGGGAGAUGGCAACAUGCCAUGCAAAUGCUUGACGAUCUCCAACGUGGUCGCAUUCGGGCAACAGUGGUCACCUGCAGUGCGGCCAUGGCAGCCUGCGAAGUGGCAAGCUGCUGGGAGGAGGCCCUGCAACUCUUCGGCUUUCUCUUGAAGGAAAGUGUGCAGGCGAAUCAGAUCAGCUACAACUCUGCGAUCAGUGUCUGCGAGACAUGUGGGGCUUGGCAUCAUGCGCUGCUACUGGCGACACAGAUGGGCAGCUGUGCUGUGGGACGCGAUCAGAUCACCUACAAUUCUGCUCUCAGCGCUGCUCCUUGGCAUCAGGCUGCCUCGCUACUGUCUGAAGCUGCUGGACGGUGCCUGCGGGCCAGUGUGAUUACUCUCAAUUCAUCUAUCGAUGUUUGUGGGGCGGCAGCGCAGUGGCAGCAAGCCCUUCGCUUGCUCGACUCGCCUGCUGGCCAGGCUUUUGACGUGAUCACUUUCAACUCCACGGUAAGUGCCAUGAGCAGUGUCAGUUGGGAAUCGUCCUGUCUCCUGAUGGCUGCAAUGCAGCGGCAAGUCCAUAAAAGCGACAUCGUCGGUUACACGGCGGCCAUUAGUUCCUGCGAGGAGGUCAGUCUCUGGUACCAGGCCGCUUUCCUACUUGCUGACAUGGCGAAGCAGCAGACUCGGGUGGACAGUCUGUCAGUGAGCCUGGUCGUUGGCGCCUUUGAGAAGAACGCUAGCUGGCAGCAAACUCUAUCUUUUCUGCACGAUCAACGGACACAGCUUGUGGCCGUCAAUAUCCUCACCUACAACCUCGUCAUGGCGACCUGCCUUGAUGCUUCGGAGUGGCAGCGUGUGCUGGCACUGUUUCGGACGCUCGGGGGUGAGACCGUCCGUGCGAAUGCGAUCACAUACAGCUUCUGCGUCGAGGCAUGUGACAAUGGAGGGCACCUGAAGGGCCAGGACUCUCCGGUUUUCGCCCGCGACCUUCACUCUGCAGGCUUUGAGGCUCUGCGGGAGCUGCGGAAGAAACGGACAUUCUGGCUUUUCGGGCCUCUUCUGGCCUCGGGCCACAGGAUCCUGCUCUUCCGCUACCACGGCAGGGAGAAGGCUCUUGUGGGCGCGUUGCCAACCAGCCAGCUGCAGUACUGCGGUAG